AAAACUGCUCUUCCAUUUUCUAAAGGUCGGCAACAACUCGUGUCCCAGCUCACUAUAAACCCCUCUUGUGGCGACACCCAGCCAUGCUCAUGCAUCCAGAUCACUAAACGGCAGCAGCAGCAACAGCACGAGCUCCCUGCAGUAGCCAUGACGACUAAGCGCUGCUGCCUGCUCGUCGCCACGCUCCUCGCGGCGCUGCUGGUCUCGGUCACAGCCCGCCUCGACGUCGGCUUCUACAACAAGACGUGCCCCUCCGCCGAGAGCAUCGUGCAGCAGACCGUGGCCGCCGCGUUCGGCAACAGCUCCGGCGUCGCUCCCGCGCUCAUCCGCAUGCACUUCCAUGACUGCUUCGUCAGAGGCUGCGACGGCUCGGUGCUGAUCGACUCCACGGCCAACAACACGGCUGAGAAGGAUUCGCCCGCCAACAACCCGAGCCUCAGGUUCUUCGACGUGGUCGACCGCGCCAAGGCGUCCCUGGAGGCGCAGUGCCCCGGCGUGGUCUCUUGCGCCGACAUCCUCGCCUUCGCGGCGAGGGACAGCGUCGUGCUCACCGGUGGCCUCGGCUACCAGGUGCCGUCCGGACGCCGUGACGGCAGGGUAUCCAAUGCCACCCAGGCCACGAACAACCUGCCUCCGCCGUUUUUCAAUGCCACCCAACUGGUAGACCGCUUCGCCUCCAAGAACCUCACCCUUGAGGACAUGGUUGUCCUCUCCGGUGCACACACCCUCGGUGUCUCCCACUGCAGCAGCUUCGCCGGACCUGCCAACCUGGGCGACCGGCUCUACAACUUCAGCGGCUCAGCUGACGGGAUUGAUCCGGCGCUGAGCAAAGCCUACGCAUUUCUCCUCAAGAGCAUCUGCCCGUCCAACAGCAGCCAGUUCUUCCCGAACACGACAACGUUCAUGGACAUCAUCACACCCGACAAGUUCGACAACAAGUACUACGUCGGCCUGACCAACAACCUCGGCCUCUUUGAGUCGGACGCUGCGCUGCUAACCAACGCAACCAUGAAGGCGCUGGUGGACUCCUUUGUGCGCAACGAGACCACAUGGAAGAGGAAGUUUGCCAAGUCCAUGGUCAAGAUGGGGAAGAUCGAGGUGCUCACCGGGACGCAGGGCGAGAUCAGGCGCAACUGCAGGGUUAUCAACCCUGCUAGCGCCACCGAUGUUCUUGCCAGUCAGUCAGGUUCUUCAGGAUUCACUGGAGUGGCUGCAAGUUAACCAUACCGGUUGUCAGUUCAUGUGCGUGCAGUGUGUUUGGUGUGGGAUGUGAUCGAUAUUGUAAUAAGUGAUGAGCAAAUUAGCUGUAUAACUUGCUUGCUAGACUAGAUGAACACGGAGACAGCACAAAAACUGAAGAAAAAAGUAGGCAGUCUGUUGUACAUCGCGUGGUGUUCAAUUGACUCUGGUGUUUGAUUGUGAGGAUAAAAAUAAAACUGUACCAAAUACUUUUUCCCGUGGCAAA